AUGUGGAUUUACCUAGGAACAGAUACGGACGAGAGGAAAAAGACUUUAUUAGCUUUAAAGACACGAAAAGUGAGGGCUUCGCAACUGUACAUAGCGGAGCGUACGAGAUUUCUAGACCCCGUGAGCCCCUUUGCGGAACAUUCGAGAUUCGUGGCGCACAAUGGCGAUUAUUGUGCGCUACGGUUCGAUAUCACACCGUAUGAGGGCAUAUCAAAUGAUGACGCUAGUGCCAGUGACGGUAUUUCCCAGAACCGUCUGGUAUCUUCGUUGACAAAUGGGGUGGAGAUGGAGAUGAAUAACGUCAUGUACACGGAGUUUCGAGAACAUGAUGACGAGUCUGGCGACGGAGGGGCCUUUGGCUUGUUCACAGCGGACUUUGUCGACAAGGACGAACUGUUCCCCUAUGUACCCAAAGAAAGGGUUCGAUACGACGUCACGGCCGUGUUGACGCAAAUAGUGGUACUCACUCGGUCCUGUCUGAUUAAACUUCACCAUGGAGAAAUCCCCUUGACGUUCGAGACGGCCCACGAGAUGCGUGAAAGUGCAGGCAAAUGGGGCGACGUCAUGCUUCAAAGUGUUCGUCAGCUUGUCUAUCGGUAA